GUGCAAACCAGGGCGCCGCACAAUGUGCAGCCCGGGACGACCGCAUUCGGCGCACCAAGUGGACCGAUUUUGACGCUCCGGCGGCGAGAAGCCCAAAGACUUGAUCGCGAGCGGGCAGAACGAGCAAAUCACGAGAGACGAGAAGGCGACGAUGCCGUCCCGCAAUUGAAUGACGGGCAACGGGAAGAGAUCAACAGGAUAAUCUCCCUCUUCAACCUCAAUAAAACCUCCUACCUUGACAACUACAAAUUGAAGGUUGCCAUGGAAGCACGGGUUUCGACAUUCUCAAACACGAAUUCAAUAAAAGUUGUCGCGUUUCCCAGCCUGAGCGCGCCGCUCACGAAUACAGGCGUCACCCCAUCACCGGGAGACCACAUCUUCGCGGGCCUGCACCGUGUUGUGCCAUUCGGCGUUCAUGCAGCCCGCGGCCGCGCGGCGUUUGAUCUGUUCCAUGAGAAUAAGAAGGGAAUAAAAGAGCCCCAGAAAUUGCGCGGGGUGGCGUUGGAAUUCGGAGAAGGGUUGUCGGAGGAGGAGAUUUUGCGAUGA